GAAUAAAUUUUAGAACAUUCUUCUUCCACGUUACCACAACCGGGUUGAUCUAGAUCUGCAAGGGAUGGUAAAGAUUAGCAGUGUAGUAGUAUUCCUGGUAGACUGAGUUUACGCGCAGCGAGAGUGAAGGCAAUGGAGCGCACCCACCUGCUACUUGUAUUCACGGUAGUAGCAGCCUAUUGGAAUGCAGACAUCACCCUCGCAAGUCCGCAAGUCAGUACAAAGAAUGGACACAUCACCAUAGCAACAGAUGCAAACAAGAACAUCAACAUAAAGCCUGGACCAGGAGGAAAAGUGUACUUGAGUGAUGUCGUCAUGGCUACGGCAUCACCGGGAACAGGUAGCAGUGGCAGUAGCAGUGGUGGAAGUGGACUAGUGUCGUCUGGUCAAUGUCUUACCGAUGUGCUUCCAAAGUGUCCAUACUGGGUGAGCUUUAACACCACCAUGGUACCUGCGAGAGGUUACACCCGUCUGGAGUUCAUUACGUUCGGUUUUGGUGACCUAUAUAACACGCAAAGUCCCCCAUCGUAUGCCUGCCAGAUUUCAUCUAGUCGGCAAACUCUCAUAUCAGAAUACACCAGGAUUACUAUGGCCUACGGACCAUACUACGUUAUUGUUUGCACAGUGCCGGAAUGGACAUUCGCCGACUCCAAAACUUUCAGCGAGCCAGUCACAAUAUCUCUAUGGUUUCUUGGACAAGUCGAGAUUCCAUUUGUUGGACUUCCACAGUGGCAGACGGCAACUAUGUACACUGGUGUAACGGGUGCUUCUAUGCAAGUUGGAAGUGUGGAACUCUCCGCGGCUGGACUGGAUACAAGUCUCAGCUAUGUGUGUCGGUUUAGCGAUGCCCUCAUCACCACACAGUAUGCCGACACGUCUCCAUUGAGUGCAUCUUCCAGUUCAAAAGUCCUUUGUCCCAUCCCAGUCUGGACGGCCAGUACAAAGAGAUCUGUAUCCACUAAUGUAGACCUGUACAUAGUCACCACCACGUACACCAAAGUGCCGUUCCAAGCCAAGCCAAAGCCCACCUUCAUCAUCAACAGCUGUUCGGACGGUGUGAAAGAUGGAGAUGAGACAGACGUUGACUGUGGUGGUUCGUGCACGACCAAGUGUAUUGCUGGAAAGGUGUGCCAACAGGACAAUGACUGUGAACAGUAUCAUCUGUGUACAGCUGGCAAAUGCGUAUCAAAGUGCUCAUUCCCACAAUGGCUAUAUAAGGGUGUCUGUCUGAUGUCAUCAUUGACCACAACGAACGCCGACAAAGUACCCGCAGGUUGUAACGACUAUCAUCCAUUGGGUUCGUGGACAAAGUCAGAUUACAUUUCCAUCUGCGUCCAUUACUUGGGCAAUACCCAGCUCUGCGGCAACGUGUACUCCGAUUACGACGGUGGCCGUUGUUCCAACUUCAGGGCCACUCUUGGUUUUUCUAAUCAGGGAGGCGAUACAAAUGUAUGGGUGUCAUCAACUACGUUCUCUUGGGAUCCAGCGGCGAGGCCGACCCCGAGCUGUAAGCUUGUAGGUGAUCCACCAGGUACGAUUGUUUACGCUUGUAGUUAAGCUAGUGAUAAAAAAAACACCCUCAUGCGUCUACGGGAUCAUGAUAUUUUUUAUUUGAGUGAUUACACGUUUUCACCACGAGCAAUGUGAUAUUGUUACUCCUUACUUUGAAUAUCCACUGAAGCGAUGUCAUCAGUCGAUGAUCUGGACCGGUCAUAUUGCCAAUUACUUAGCAGACAGCGUUCCGGACUGGUGCAACCGUUCUGCUUCUUCGUCGCUUACUCCAGAAAGCCAUAGCUGCUAUGGUUUCUGCUAGCUAUGGUUAGAAUUUCGAUUCCCCUUUAUUGCGGUAGCUCCCCGGCUACCGGCUGCGUCUGUUCGAGAUUAACUCUCAGAUAGCCUGCUGUGUGUUGCAAUUGGUCAUCUUGGCAAAUGAGACACAUGCCACAUUCAGAUGUGAUUACUGUAUAUCUGUAUCGUGCGGAAUGAUUGUUUCUGACCUGCACCCAA